CUGAUUCACAUGUAACCUUGAUUAACUGUAUGAACAUGCAUGCUACGGACGACAUUUCAUCCUUUAACGCUUUUCUGGACUUAAAUUUGGUAUUGAGAAUAAAAACGUUGAUAAAAAGGAUGUGUGCAUCGAAAUAACGGUUAGAUUACGUUUAGUUCCACCGGGCUUAAUUGAUUAUUAAUUAGUCAGUGCGUUUAAUUCCACGUGAAGAGAUGGUACAUUAUUCCUGGAUGAAUGGUAUCUGUUGUUGUUGACGACGGAUCACUUGCUGUAACUGACUCCACAAUGUUGACAUUGACACUGGCCUUGUCUUUGGUUCUUUUGUUACUAACCUACCUUUAUAAAUCAGUGAUCAAACAUGCUGUGAAAUAUUCCGACAUUCCCGCCGUCAACAACCGUUGGCCAUUCAUAGGCAACUUAUUUGAUAUGUCCAGGACUCACAUUGUAUUAACAGAAUGGGCUAAGGAAUAUGGACCGGUUUUUCGAUUCAAUUUGUUCGGUGAAGAGAUAGUAGUAUUAAAUGACUACGACACUAUUUAUGAAGCUCUAGUGACUCGUGGUAGUGACUUUGCCGGUCGACCACACAUGAGCCGGACCGACUAUCAGGACAGGAACAAGAAUUCUAUAGUAUGGCAGACCUACACGCCUAAAUUACAGUUUUUAAGGAAACAAAUUCAUUCGUCACUUCGCAUGUAUGGCGGUGGCCUUAACAGACUUCAAGACCGAUGCGGUACGGAAAUUACCGAGCUUAUUUCACGAAUAGACGCUUACAAAGGUCAAGCGUUCGAUCCUUGGAGUCUUCUUUAUUGUUCUGCGUGCAAUAUAAUGCUAGACUUGGCAAUUGGUAUCCGGUUCCCAUAUAAUGGUAAAGAUCUCACGAGGUUGAAAGAAAUCAACGGUUUGUUUAACCACUCGUUUGGGCCAGGUUCAAGUCGUAUUCUAGACCAUCUUCCAAUGUUUAACAUAUUCCAGGACGAAUACAGAGCCCUGAAACAGGCGGUGGGACUAAGGAAUCAGUUUUGGCUGGACCAUAAUUGUUCAAAGACUGAAUCUCGGCAAGAAAGUGUGAUAUCUGACUUACAAAAGUUACAGGGUGACACUCGGUACAAAGAGUACGAUGUUUCAGAAUCCACUCUGAAAGAAACGUUUACGAAUCUCAUACUUGCAGGUACAGAUACAACUACCACUGCUCUUACAUGUUUUCUCUUGGUGCUACUUUACCGACCAGAAAUCCAAAAGCGUCUUCAUACGGAAAUUGAUCACGUGAUAGGAUCGUCACGUGAACCCUCCUUAUCAGACCGCCCUUCAAUGCCAUAUAUGGAGGCGUGUUUAUAUGAGACUUUACGGUAUAUUUCCCACGUGCCCCUGGCUGUACCCCAUGCCACAACUUGUGAUACAUCUGUAGGAGGAAAACGUAUACCUAAAAAUACAACAGUCUAUAUAAAUCUUUGGGCAUUACACCACGAUGAGAAUUUUUGGAGCGACCCUUGGAAGUUCGAUCCUCAUAGAUUUUUAGAUUCCGAAGGUCACUUAGUUCCUACUCAUCACGAGAAUAGACGCAGAUUCAUGGUGUUCGGUGCAGGACGUCGAGUUUGUUUGGGAGAAGCCCUCGCUAAAAACCGUCUUUUUCUAUUCACGGUAUCUCUACUACAGAAAUUCCGAUUUGAGAACACUGCCAAAGUAAACGACGAACAAGAAAUUGACCCAAGAGAGUUUAGUUUAGGAAUUGUUCUUCACCCUAGGAAUUUUACUAUUAAAGCAAUCAAACGGACCGAAGUGUUUGACGUUUCUUUAUCAACUUGAUGUAUGAUUUAAAAAUAGUGUCGUUCUCAUAAAUCGAAAUUUUAGCUCAAUUACUAGGAAGUGAAAAAGAAGGAUUUUGUGUACAUGAAUUGUGGGUUAUUGAAUGAAUAACAAAACUAUUUAGUUUGCCGUGCUGAACGUUAAACGUAAAGAGUAUAUCAAAGUUUCAGUAUUUCUUUUUUGUACUAUUAUUUAAAGUCAAAGACUGAUUAUGUAUGGUCUUUCAAAUUAUUUUAGUUGUAUAUCAUAUUGAUAAUUGCACAGUCAUUAUUUACAAAAUAAAUACAAUAUCUAAAUGAA